AUGGUGGAGUCGUUAAUACCCGGUUUGAUGGACGACGUAGCAGAGCUGUGCCUUUCGAGAAUCCCGCGCUCUAGCUUUCAGAUCAUUUCUCAGGUGUGCUCGCGAUGGAGGAGAUUCCUCAGGAGCGAGCGUUACGCGGCCGUUCGAAAGUUGACGGGAUCGGUGGAGGAGUUGAUGUGUGUUCUACAGGAUGAUCAGUACUGUGAAGUUUUCGACUGCUCCGGUAACAAACUGGGACGGAUCCCUCCUGUCCCUGGGCUUUUGAAGAGCGGUUCCGGCCUUGCGACGCUCGAUGGCGGAAACAUCGUGUUCAUCGGUGGAAAAUAUCAUGAGGGAGAAUAUGAUAACGCUGCCUCGGCCGAUGUUUACGAGUUCAAUCCUGCUACUAACAGGUGGAGAAAACUGGCAGACAUGAACAUACCACGUUACAACUUUGGAUAUGCUGUAGUGGACGGCCUUUUGUAUGUGAUCCGAGGCUUUACCUCAUAUGGUGAUAAGCUUCUCAGCUUGGAAGUAUACAACCCGAAAACUAACAAAUGGAGCCUCAUGGAUUGUCCAUACCGGCCAACCUCUAGUUGUGCCUUCGCAUUCUCCUUCAAAUCCAAACUCUUCGUUGCAGACUCUGGAUCGAGUUUCAUUGACAUAUAUGACCCCAAAAUGGAGACAUGGGAUCAGUUAGACUCGGGGCAAGAACUUUGGGUUUACUCCUGCGCUGUUAUUAGGAACAAAGUGUAUUUGUUGAAAAUUUUCAAUUCGGGAAUGGGAGUGUUUGAUCCAGAGAAGAAUUCUUGGAGCUCAGUGUCUGUGCCUCCGUUCAAUGGGCAUGAGCUCAUGUUCAUACUAGGGCAAAUGAACAAUAAGGUUAUCCUGGCUGCACAAGGGUGUGAGGGCUUAUGUGGUGACAUUGGUAAAGAGGACGCGGCCGAGUGGAGAGCCUCACCGAUUAAACUAUCUGGUUAUGACGUCAGCAGCGUUCUCAUCAACUUUUAA